AUGAAGUUCGCCACCCCGAUCUACCCCUUCCUUCUCUCCCCCAUCCUGGUUGUGGCAUACCUCUUUUGGGGACAUCACCACGUGGGCAGCCCCUGCACGCAACCCAAGCCCACAGCACACACCAAAACCGACUGGAUCCAGCACUGGAAGCAAAACCCCCCUUGCUCAGACACCGAACUGCGAAACAACGCCCUCGCCCUCAGAUCCUCACCCACCAAUUGCCCCACUGAGAGGUGGUACUGGGACUGGCAGUCCAAGAAAAGCUCACACGCCUUUGUGUACAUUGAGAUCGGUUGCAAUAAAGGGACCGACGCCAUCACAAACGUGCGGGCGUACACCGGAGACCCAUCCGUCGAUGUCGUCUCAUGGAUGAAGCACAUCCAAAUGGGCAGCACCGCAUGCCCCAUGGACAUGGCGCUCUGGGACCGCAUCAAGAGAGCCGGCAGGAAGACAGGUCUCAAGGUCUUCAACCUCGCAUUCUCCAGCUCGGCAGUCCCCGCCACUGCAAAGUUCCCCGUGAUACCCUCGGGGGUCGAGAGCGUGGGCAUCGACACCGACCACAGCGAUUACAAGUCCUUCUACGACGUGAGAGUGACGACAGUCGAUCAGUUUGUACGGACAGAGGGCAUCCGUCGCAUCGACGUCUUGAAGAUCGACACGGAAGGGAACGAUGCGUUGGUCCUGAUCGGUGCGGUGAAGUCGAUCAUGACCUUCAAGCCGAGCUACGUGCAGUUCGAGAACCACGGUGUUGGACAUUGGUCGAAGAUAUCCCUGAAAGACGUCAUCGACCUCCUCGAUACUCUGUCGUACGACUGCUUCUGGGCUACCAAUGACGGGAGGUUGAUCAGAAUAACUUCAUGCUGGUCCCCCUCGUACGAAAAGGUAAAAUCUUGGAGCAAUGUCGCAUGCUCCCAUCGAGAUGAUGUGCUACUCUCCAAAAUCAUGACCGAAUAUGUUGUGUAA